UUUGCUUAAAUUUGGGGAUUUUUUUUCUCCUCUCUCGUUUCUUUCCAUUUCUGAUUCCGAAGGUUUCGCUCAAUCAUCAUAUUAUCUGAUUCUGCAAAUUCUGGCUGAAAGUGUGUGGUUGCUGAUUAUCAUUCUCAUUCUCUCAGAACCAUUCUUACUUUCUGCGGAUCAUCAGAAAUGGCGAGCGAAAGAAUAGCUCCUGGUAUACUCACAGAUAUUGAAAAGUUUUGGACCCUCUCCUCCGGAAUAUCCAAACUCACAGUGAUUCAAAGUCUCCUGCCAAUAGUUUGGAAGAUGCAUCCAACUACGAUUCUGAUUCUAGUAUAAAUUCUCCUACAUAUAGUGUAUCAGAGGACUCAGAAGCAUCUUUCUCUUCUACUGAAGAUAAUGUUGUACCUGAAAGUAGUUCCUUGUCUGAUCAAGAAGGAACUGCAGAUGGCCUCCUAACAAUGCAGACAAUUUUGGAUGCUGAUAUGGAAUCAAAUACCUCGCCAGAUAAUUCUGAGCGCAAUGCUGCUUCUAGUACGAACUAUCUUGCGUAUGGUCUGGAUGUCGCUGAGGAGGGAUCCUUCUCUUCUGUUGAACGGCCUAGUGGCCUGGAUAUGUUGAGAAUGACCUAUACGGAUUCAGAGUCGGACUCAGAAAAUGGUUCAUAUCCCGACCAUGAAGGAGCUGCAAAUGGCCUAGAGACAUUACAAAUGAACUACGGUGGCCCGUGGACUGAUACAGAUUUGCAUGACGUUCUUUAUUUGGAAUUCCUUGACAUUCUGGAUACAGGGUAAAAUGUUGCGGAGCUAAGUGCAAAAGUAGUGAGAACAUUGGAGAUGGUUGGUGUUGUUUUAUACUCCCUCCGUUCCAUUUUACUUGAUGUUGUAGAGUUUUUCACGCAGAUUAAGAAUUAUCAGGGAGAGAUAAAUUUUUCCAAUUCUACACAUAUUAAUACCUUUAAAAAAAAUUAAAUGACCUACUUUUUA